GCCCCGCUUCCUGCCCAGCGCGGCUCCCCGGACCCGGCCACGCUGAGUCGGCCCGGCCCGGAGCCCGCAGCCCGGCCCGGGCCAUGUGAGCGGGACCCGCCGCCGGGGCGCCGAGCCGGGCCCGGCACCGCCCGUCGCUCCAGAAAUGGAAACGAACAACCAUUUUAACUUCCCUGGCCUCCCCUCUGUCCCCACUGCCUCAGGACUGAAGCCCGCACCUUCCUCAGGGGACAGCCCCUACACUAACGGGUCUCCUAUCAACUUCCCCCCGCAAGGGAAAGGCCUGAAUGGCGACGUGAACGGGAAUGGCUUAUCUACUGUAUCUCACACUAGUACUUCAGGGACCUUCGCUUCUGCCGGGCACUCCCUCGACGCCUCCGCCCUGCCCCACCCAUACGACUAUCUCUGGAACUACCCGCCGUACCAGCCCGGCGGCCUCAAGGAGACCCCCGGCGUCUCCCAGUUCUCCGGCCUCGGACAGUACCCGCUCAACGGCAUCCUUGGGGGCGCCCGGCCGGCGUCCCCGGGGCACAACACUAACCCCCGGGGGGCCCAGGAGUUUUGGGCCAACGGCACCUCUGGCUCCAUGGGGCUGAGCUUCGAUUCGCAGGAGCUGUACGACUCCUUCCAGGAUCAGAGCUUCGAGCUUGUGCCAAACGGCGCCAGUGGUUUCUACGCGGCCUCCCAGCCCUCCCCCAUGCUGGGCACCGGCCCGGAGGGGUCCUUGGCGGCAAAGGAGAUGCCGCCUGCCGGCGAGGAGACCGGCGCCGCACUCAUGGGCAGCAAGGAACUGGAGGAAACGCAGCCGGACCUGCAAAUGUGCAGCUACAACAGGUCCGGGACAGGUGUGGAACCGCUCAGCCAGGAAGCUUCCGUCUUAUCCCCGGACACCGCUGGGAGCUGCCUGGGUGACACCUCUGCCAUCGCCGGUCCCCUGGCAGACCCUCCUCUCCUGAGCGAAGACCCCCUGGAGCCUUUCGAGUCGCUGGCUAGAGACCCAGGGACCGGAGAUCUCUACGAGAUGGACAACUCCCAGCUGGUGAACGACAAGUCUUCUCUGGAGGCUGCUCCGGACAUCUCGACCCUCGACUGCUCCGAGAGCCCCUCCCUGAACAACUCCAGCUCCUUCAGCCUGCUGCCGGACGACAGCCAGGCCCCCUCGUCGCUCUUCGUUAGCCCCGUCUCGCCCCCUGUCCUGGGGGAGGCCGUCUUGCAAGACAGCAGCUUGGACCUGCAGGACGGGGGCGACCCAGGGGAGGAGGAUUCGGAGUCUCUGGAGCGCAGCCCCCCGCUGGAGCCAGAGUCCCCAGCCGCCUGUCUGGAGCCGGAGGAGGAGGAGGAGGAAGAGGAAGAAGUGGCUGAGGACAGCUGCCUGGAGGCUCCAGCCGCCCCGCUCAGUGCGUCAGCAAGGGGCGAAGUCCCCCGCAGACGGAUUGCCACGGUGGAGGAGGUUCGCUUCCCCCUGCAGCACGGGUGGAGGAGGGAAGUGCGGAUCAAGAAGGGCAGCCACCGCUGGCAGGGGGAGACUUGGUACUACGGGCCCUGCGGCAAAAGGAUGAAGCAGUUCCCGGAGGUGAUCAAGUACCUGAGCCGGAAUGUGGUGCAGGACGUCCGGCGUGAACACUUCAGCUUCAGCCCCCGCAUGCCCGUUGGCGACUUCUACGAGGAGCGGGACACGCCCGAGGGCUUGCAGUGGGUGAAGCUGACCCAGGAGGAAAUCCCCUCGCGCAUCCAGGCCAUCACGGGCAAGCGCGGGCGCCCCCGCAAUGCGGAGAAGGAGAAGGCCAAGGCCAAGGAAGCGCCCAAGGUGAAGCGCGGCCGGGGCCGGCCCCCCAAGGCCAAGAUGGCCGACUUGCUGAGCAAGACCGAUGCCCGGCUCCUGAAGAAACUGGAAGCCCAAGAGGUGCUCAGCGACGAAGAGAAGCUGAAGAUGAGCAAGAUCAAGAAGAAGAUGAGGCGAAAGGCAAGGAACAAACAGAAACAGGAGGCCAAAGUGCCCAAGCCCAAGGAGGCCAAGAAGAAAGCCAAGGCGAAGAAGGAGAAGGCGCGGCCGGAGAAGCCCAAGGAGAAGGGGCGGCCCAAGGAGAAGGGGCGGCCCAAGGAGAAGGCCAAGGCUGUGCGGAAGGUGGACAAGAACCUGCUGGCCCAGCGGCGGCUGGAGGAGCGGCGCCGGCAGCAGAUGAUCCUAGAGGAGAUGAAGAAGCCCACGGAGGACAUGUGUCUGGGCGACCAUCAGCCCCUGCCAGCCUUCUCCCGCAUCCCCGGCCUGGUCCUGCCCAGCGGGGCCUUCUCCGACUGCCUCACCAUUGUGGAGUUCCUGCACUCCUACGGCCGGGUGCUGGGCUUCGAGGUGCCCCGGGACGUGCCCAGCCUCUGCACCCUGCAGGAGGGGCUGUUCGGCGUGGACGACAGCCUGGGCGAGGUGCAGGAUCUGCUGGUGCGGCUGCUCCAGGCCGCGCUCUACGACCCCGGCCUCCCUUCCUACUGCCAGUCCCUGAAGAUCCUCGGGGAGAAGGUGUCCGAGAUCAGCCUGAACCGGGACACCGUCUCCGAGAUCCUGCGCUGCUUCCUCAUGGCCUAUGGGGCCGACGCCGACCUAUGCCACGGCCUGCGGACCAAGCCCUUCCAGGCGCUGCCCCCGGACCGCAAGGCAGCCAUCCUGGCCUUCCUGGUCAACGAGCUCAAUGGCAGUGCCCUCAUCAUCAAUGAAAUCGACAAGACUCUGGAGAACAUGUCCAACUACAGGAGGAAUAAAUGGAUCAUCGAGGGCAAGCUGCGCAGGUUGAAAAUCGCCCUGGCCAAGAAGACGGGCCGCCCGGAACCCGAGAUCACGGGCCUGGACGAGGGGCCUAGGCGGCGCAGCUCCCGGCUCCCGGAGGAGACCAGGGGCCUGGAGACAGAGGAGGAAGAGAGCCGGGGCCGGAAAUCCCGCAAGGAUGAGGAGGCCAGCAUUCCCGCAGCCAGCGUCCCCGAGCUGGAGAGACAGAUCGAGAAGCUAGCCAAGAGGCAGAUGUUUUUUCGGAAGAAGCUGCUUCACGCUUCGCAGACGCUGCGGGCCGCAGCACUGGGCCAGGACCGCUACCGCAGGCGGUACUGGGUCCUGCCCCACCUGGGCGGGAUCUUCGUGGAGGGCUCCGAGGCAGCUACGGAGGAGGGGCCCAAGGACACGGAGCAGGAGGAGGAAAAAGAGGCAGCCCCGGAGAUCUCCCCAGUGAAGAAGGAACCGGUCACGGUGCCCAUCCCUGGCCGGCCAAACUGCCCAGCCUCCCGGGCGCGGGGCCGGCCGCGGAAAAGCAAAGAGGAGCCGGCCCGGCCGGGCGGGCCCAAGCCCCCGCCCCUCAAUGGGCUCCUGGAGGACUCAAUGCCCCCCUGCCAGAGCCAGCACGACCUGAGCCAGUCGGCCUUCCUGUCCUGGCUGAGCCAGACGCAGUCGUCCCUACUCAACGGCUCAGUGCUCACCCCGGACAGCAGCCCCGGGAAGGGGGACCCCAGCCCCCCUGCCCCCGAGGUGCCCGCCCUGGAGGAGAGCUUCCCAGAGACAGCGGAGAAACGGGGGCCCUGGUUCAACCUGCUGCCCAGGACUCCCUGCCAUGCCGCUGCCCCCCUUGCUACCUCGGAGGAGGAGCCCCACUUGCGAGCAGCCCCCCAGCCUCACAGCCUUCACCCCGGGGACCAGCCCAAGGCCACGGGCAGGCAGCCAAAUGGCCCUGUGUCUCCCCCCUUCGCUUCCACGCCCGUCCACGCCAGCCCCAGGGUGCCCAGCACGUGCCCGAGGGGCCGGGGCGGACCUGAGAAUGCCCAGGAGCCGCCGGGGCAGCCCAAGCGCCGGGGCCGGCCCCCAACCAAGUUCUUCAAGCAGAUUGAGCAGAAGUAUCUCACCCAGAUGAUGGCACAGCCCGUGCCCCCAGAGAUGCAGAGCGGCUGGUGGUGGCUCAAGGACCCGGAGGAGCUGGAGGCCAUGGCCCGAGCGCUGCACCCGCGGGGGAUCCGCGAGAAGGCCCUGCACAAGCAUCUCACCAAGCACAAGGAGUAUCUGCACGAGGUCUGCGCCCGCACCUCUGCUGAUCCCAUCUUCCAGCCCCAGGCCGCCGGCCCCCCCGUGUCUCAGGAAGCCUUGGCCCGGUGGUCCGUGACGGAGCGGGCCUACGAGAUGGACCUCGCCCUCCUGCAGUGGGUGGAAGAGCUGGAGCAGCGGGUCCUGAUGGCGGAUCUGCAGAUCCGGGGCUGGACGUGUCCGAGCCCCGACUCGGCCCGGGACGACCUGCAGUACUGCGAGCACAAGGUGGGGGCCCUGGAGGACAUCACCCUCAAGAACCGGCGGGAGGGGUUGCCCCCGCGCCGGGAGGCCACCAACCCCCUGGACCUGGCCGUCCUGCGGCUGGCUUCGCUGGAGCAGAACAUGGAGCGACGGUACCUGAAGGAGCCGCUGUGGCCCCCGCAUGAGGUGGUGGUGGAGAAGGCCGUGCUGAGCAGCCCCGAGGCGCUGGACCUGGGCAGCACGGAGAUCGCUUACGAGAUCACUCCCCGGAUGCGGACGUGGCGCCAGACCCUGGAGCGGUGCCGGAGCGCGGCCCAGGUCUCCCUGUGCAUCUACCAGCUGGAGAAAUCCAUCGCCUGGGAGAAGUCGGUCAACAAAGUGACGUGCCUGGUGUGCCGAAAGGGGGACGAUGACGAACACCUGCUGCUGUGUGAUGGCUGCGACCGCGGCUGCCACCUUUACUGCCACCGGCCCAGGAUGACGGAGGUGCCGGAUGGGGACUGGUUCUGCUCCGUCUGCGUCUCCCAGGCAGGAGGCGAGUAUUACAACGACCCCAGUUCGCCCAGGCGGGGCAAGAAGCGGAAAGGCGGGCGUCUUUUCGGGGGGGGCUUCCCGGAGGAGGAGGAGAGCCCCGGGCGCCGGGUCCUGCCGCGGAGGCGUGACACCCUGUCGGUGCCCCGCUACUCAGGGGAGGGCCUGUCCCCCUCCAAGCGGAGGAGACUGUCCCCACGGGGCCAGAGCAGCGACUUGACCUUCUGCGAGAUCAUCCUGAUGGAGAUGGAGUCUCAGGAGGAUGCCUGGCCCUUCCUGGAGCCCGUCAACCCCCGGCUGGUGCCUGGCUACAGGAAAAUCAUCAAGAACCCCAUGGACUUCGCCACCAUGCGGACGCGGCUGCUGCGGGGCGAAUACGUGAGCUGCGAGGAGUUCGCUGCCGACGCCACACGGGUGUUCGACAACUGCCAGACCUUCAACGAGGACGACUCGGAGGUGGGCAAGGCCGGGCGCGCCAUGCGGAGCUUCUUCGAGAGCCGGUGGGAGGAAUUUUAUCAGGGAAAACACGCUCCUAACCCGUGAAGCGGGAGCCCGGGGCUUGUGUGGGGGGACGGAGCCCCCCUCCCUCCACGCUCCUGACCUGAGACCUGUCUCGGGUGGGGUGGGGAGAGACACCCCGUCCCCCCUGCAAAAGAACUGACUCCCCAGGAGCCGAUCUCGCUGCCUGCUGAAUUCCCGACGGAGGCUGGUCCCGACGUGGCGUGGAAAAGGCCCCCCCACCCCCACCACCACCAGGGGGCUUGGGGUAACGGGGCAUCUCCACGGUCCAGCUGCUCCCUUCCCCCCCACCCCACCCCCCAGCCACCUGGACUCACGGACUGUGUAAGCCAAAAAAGAAAGAAACCGGGCGAUCGCUCGUCGGGUUCCUUUUCUACUUCGCCACCGCCCGACCCGGCAAACGAGGAAAGACCCCCCCCCUUGGCUGGGAGUAUUUAACAUAGCAAUAGUUCGUAGUGAACGUGUAUGAGGACAGUACCGCUGUGCGCUGUCCCUGAGGCAUUAAUGGCCAGUAAAGUGAACUCAACUCCUCGAGAUUCGCGUCGAGCUUCACGCCCGGACCCGCUCGCAACGACACUGAGACGUGCUGCUUCCACACACCCCUCCCCCCUGCCUCGCUGCUUCCCUUCCGGGACCUUCCCAUGCCUUCCUUCCCUUGCCCUUACCUUCCGGGACCUUCCCAUGCCUUCCUUCCCUCGCCCUUACCUUCCGGGACCUUCCCAUGCCUUCCUUCCCUCGCCCUUACCUUCCGGGACCUUCCCAUGCCUUCCUUCCGGGACCUUUAUACUACCUCCUUCUCUAACCCUAACCCUCUUCCAACCCCCCCCCCCCAAAAGGCCCCUCCCUCUCCCGCAUCAGGCCCUACCCUGGCAGACCCUUUAGCAGCGGGUGUCCCUCUGUUGUGUCCCCCACCCACCCCCCUCUGGGUCAGAACCUUCUCUCCUGUUGGACUGUCCCUUCCCCCCACCCCUAUUAUCUGUGUGUGGGGGUCGAUGUCUGUCUGACACACCCACAGGGCCCUGGGCUGGGCUGAGCACGGCCUGGAGCUGGAGCUGGAGCUGGGGGGGCGGUGGUUCUGCGGGGGGGGUUCCUUCCCUGCCUCUGCUCCUCAGCAAGAAACCCCCCAGCCCCAGUGCCCUGGGCUUGUUCAUGGGAUCCCAGCCUUACCUCGGACCCUGACUGUUUGUGCCCCUCCCCUGGCUGUAGGGCUUGUGGUGUUUCCUCUUCCUUCAGCCCCCCCUCGCUCCCCAAGCUGGUGCGUUUGCACUCCAUGGGGGGGGCCCAGCCCCCCUACCCCCACUGGGUGCUCUUCGCAGGCAGCACGCAUCCCCCCCUCGCCGCAGCAAAGAACCGGCAGGGGGAGCAGGGCAGGACCCCUCCCUUUGGGCUGGCGGCUGCCCCACAACGGGAUGCGGGGGCCAAAGGGGUGGUCGACACCCCCCCCCCCAAGCCCCUGAAUGGCUCAGCUGGCACCAAGGACUCCGCUGCCCAGUGUACAAGCCCCGCCCCCAGCUCGUGGGAGGCCCCGCCUCUACUCAAGGCUACAUUUCCCCCCCGCCCUCCCCAGCACCGCUCGCUGGGCCUGGGGGACCUUGGGGGGCCUUUGGUGAAGGUGCACUGGGGGCGCUGGCCAACCUCGCAACCUGCUCAGGGCAGGGGAAAGGCCCCUGGCUCCCGACACUGCGGGGAGCCCGGGCCCCUGGGUCCAAAUGGGGAGUCUCUCCCUCUGCCCCGUGACCCCGUCCUUGGCUCGGGUGCGGGAGAGCUGGAGGUGAAGGCUUGCUUCUCCCCCCGCCCCCCCCAAAUCCUCCCCAGCUGCCUAGGGGGGCUAGGCACCCAGCUUAAAAUGAAGGGGGGUGGGCACUCGGUUGCUGCAUGGAUUAGCUGCAGCCUGCGCCCCCCACCUCCCCAGUAUUGAGGGUAAUGUCUGCUGGUGAAUGCUGGGGGGGGCAGGGGCCGGCCAGGCCUUAUCUAGGCAGGGGAGGCUGAGCUGGGUUCUGUCUAACCCCCCCCCCCCCCCGGCCUGUUCUGUUUGGAAAUAACUCCCCCCGCCGAUGGCCCCCAUUAACCCUUUGCUCAUUCACUCUGCGGCCCUUGCUGGUCUCCCCCAGGCCUUUCUGGAAAGUGGGGGGGUGGGGGGGGUCCCUUGCCCUUCCCAAGUCUUAAGCCAAGUCUGGGGAUGGAGAGUCACGGAGCUGGAGUGAUGGUGUGGUAAUCAACCCCCUGGCUGCCCCCCAGCUCCUCAAACCACGAUAUUACGGGUACUCGCUUUGGGGCAGCUGGCGGACGGGCCCCAGUGGAGCCCCCUUCAGAGUCCAGUCCGGCUGUGGGACAGCUGGGGCACCGCCCCCCCCCCCCCAGCCUGUCCUCCACUCACCACAAGCACUGAAAUCAACCAACCUACCUUGGGGGGGGUGGGAAGCCCUGCGAUGGAAGCAGCCUCUGUCAUGCAUUCCCCCACCCCCUGCCCCUCGUCUUUAAAAAGUAGCCUUGUUUCUAUCAAAUAACCUCAAACCCUUUUUAUGUUGUUUUUUUGCUUUGAAAGAAGAGGUGGAUUUGAAGUCUGUUUGAACUGACUUUAUAUUAUGCAUAAAUAUUUAUAUUUUAUCUAAAUAACGGCGCGGUAACCAACUUUUUUUUGUUUUUUUGGGGGGGGGGUUGUUUUUUUUUUUACUAUUUGGGAGCUGUCAGGUUUCUGUUUUGGUUUUUGUCAUGGGCGAGUUUUAGAGUCUCUGUAAGGGUGUGGUGGUGUUGGUUUUUAAAAAAAUUUUUUUUCCCUGAUAAGACGCCCUGAAUUGUAAACCCUCACCCUCCCUCUUAGCCCCUGCCCCCCCCCCCCCCCAAAUUAAUCCAGACGUGUCUGAAAUCCCGCCAGUCCAUGCUUCCUUACGGGGGAUGCACCAGUGGGUAGAAAUCCGUUCUGGACUAAGUAAGAGAAAGGGUAAGAUGUGGAAUAUAUUUUAUUUUUUAACCCUUAAUGAGUUGGCUUUGGAAAUUACAUUUUUUUUUGAGGGGGGGAGUCUAGAACUGGCCCUCCCUCUCCCCUCCCCCCCCAUCUCUGUCUGAUCAAACAGGAAGAACCAGCCGCCCUAAAAGAAAGAUAUUCUCACGUUCCCGGUACAAGGAUCCGGACUGGCUCUCUUUUAUAUAGCCCAGCGUGGUGGUUCAGUGGCUUUUUGAUAAUGUACAGGUUUUGUGAAUUUAAAUUUCUUUCUUUCUAUAUUUUUAGGACCAAUCUCAUUUUUAAUAAGGUUUAAAGGAAAAAAAAAUAUUCUAGAUUAACUCCUGUUUGUUGCCAUGUGAUGUUCCCACAAGUGCAGCCGUAGAGAGUGCUUGUCAAGUUGCGAGAAUAAAAACAAACCCACGUUUGAUAGAGA